UAAAAAAAAUCCCUCACGUAUUAAACUGUGUAAAAUCGUGGGCAACGCUGUUCUUUUGUUCACUGAUCGUGUUUUUACGCUGUGAUUCUCAUAGAUUUUAAAUACGUGUCGAUAUCAGUAAACAGACCCAAAUACCGACGCCACUUUUGGCGGAAAUAAUCAUGAGCUCAGAAAUCAGUGCUGACGGCGGCACGCUGCCAUUUCCAGUAGACAUCGGUCGCCUCUCUGGAGGACUUGGUCGAUACCAGAUAAUGCUGGUUGCAAUGAUAUUCCUUCGCAGCUUUCCCAGUUCGUGGACCCUGACGGGACUGGAGUUCAUCGCAGGUGACGUCGAUCACUGGUGCGCACCCCCCAACGACAGCUGGGCCCCAGAGAAAUGGAAGCAUGAAGGAAUUCCUGAAGGAGACCACUGCCAUCGCUUUGUAUUAAAUCGAAACGGUUCUAUAAAUCAGUCUAUUAUCGAGCCCUGCGAACACUGGAGUUUCAACACGACGUUACUAUCAAGCUCAGUAGCGGAGUUUAAUCUUGUCUGUGAACGCUCCUGGCAGAAGUCCGCCAUUCAGAGCGUCGUGUUCGUGGCGCAGAUAUUUGGUGCCCUUCUCAUUGGAAAACUCUCUGAUCGAAUUGGCCGACUUCCUUCGUAUACGUGGUCUACGGCGUUGUUUGUAUUAUUCGGGUUCAUUGCGUCGUUCGCGCCUUCCGUAGCAUUUUUUAACGUGCUACGAUUUAUUCAGUGCGUCUGCAUCGCUGGACUAAAUACAAGCAUCUCCACAUUCUACACUGAAGUGAGCCUUGCCGAACAUCGGAGCUUGCUGAAUGUCGGGUUUGCGUUGGGGUUCCAGAUACCAAUGUUGUUCUCUCCAUCUCUGGCAGGAUUCCUUCACAGCUGGAGAGGCGUUCAGAUGGCUAUGGGACUUAGCGCCGUGCCUUUGCUGCCUUUUUUCUGCAUCCUCCAAGAAUCGCCUCGAUGGCUUUUGACGAAAGGUCAACCUGCCAGAUCUCGUCGUGCACUCGAAAAUAUCUUACGUUUCAAUAAACAGGACGUGUCUGUCCUUGACAAUCUGCCAUUGUCAACGGGAAAAAUAUUGCCCAAACAGGUCGGCGUAAGCCUUGCUGACAUGCUGAAGACUUCAGCCUACCGCAACACCGUUCUAGCAUUAUUCUCAUUAUGGUUUUUGGACCAAGCGGCGUUUUUUUCAGCUAUCUACCUCUCGACACGAAUCCCAGGCGAUCGGCCGCGCAAUUUCGCCUGUACAGCAGCUGCAGGGGUCGCUGGUGGUGCAGGUGCUAUCGUGCUUCUGAGAUUUGUUUCACGAAAGUCCUCCGUCGGGGGUUUCCUCAUUAUCUCGUCAUGUGCUUUUAUCGCGCUUGCUGUGUUGCCACAAGAUUCAGCGGAAUGGUUACAUCUAAUAGCCGCAAUGUUGCUUCGGUUUUCAAUUGUGACGUCUACUGGGAUCAUCUGGACGUAUACGCUUGAGAUUUUUCCCACGAUCGUGCGCAAUUUUGGCUUCAGCUGCUGCUUCUGCUUCGGACGGAUUGGAGGAACAAUUGCGCCCUUCAUGAGAGACCUCGGCGAGUGGUAUCAUUGUGCACCUUAUUUCGUCUUAGCAGCGGCCUGUAUCGGAGCAGGCCUUUCGCUGCCUUUCCUACCAGAGACACUUAAUGCUCCCUUGCCGGACAACCUAGCUGAUAUUCGAACCCUAAACAAGGACAACGUGGUGCCAAGUAAUCAUAAUGCCAUGGAGACGUCACAUACUGCUAUUCCCCUGGUGAAAUCAUGAUGACCGUUUCGCUGUGUACAAGUUUCGUAUUCCCAGAUCACUCAGCAUAAUGCCACCACGUUAUCUAUGUUGAUGUACGAACAUUUCUGUAAUUCAUUAAGCAUAAAAUGAUUUUUCUUUGCUUUCUUGUUUCGAUGGCGUAACGCUAUCAGUGAACUGUCCGAUGGAAAGCUUUGAUGUAAAAGAGAACGUAAUCAAAUCGCUAAAUAUACAUUUAAGCUGACUGAUAACCUAAGAACGCCUGAGCAGUCCCUUAAUUUUUCUAGCAACCGUUUAAAACAGAAAUUUUUUUAAGGAAGGAUUAAAAAAUAUUUUCGUUUUGUCUUUUCGACGAGUGCUAGAUAAGCUACACCAGGUCAACGAAAAACGCCUAUUUGAGCUCUAAAUAAUCCAACGAUUAGACAACGGUUAACUGUUUUAAUAUCAGUAUGGUGUCAACGCGGUUUGAGAGCGCAAUUUAGCGCUAAUUUUAUGUUUGAGGUAGUAUAUUGUCUUUAAUGAUCGACUUAUAAGCCUUUUCUUUAAUGAAUCCUGAGGUUCUAUCUACUCAACAUACUACACAUCAACCUUGCACUACCUAGGGAACGAUAGCGGUGCAUUGAUUAGACUCAUUUGAUACUAUCACAGUAUGUACAAGGGUUGAAGUCGUUUAUUAGCUCAAACCUGCCUUGCCCUUGGGCUUCUUCGGAAAGCGUUGGGGCUCCAUCCAUUGCUUGCUGCCAUGCAAAUGAACAUCCUGAUAAAUCGAAUGAUCGCAGAAGAGAACUAGGCCGUAGAGAUUAGUUCGCUUUUAUAAGUGCAAUACUUCAGAAUGUAAAAAAGUUAUGCAAACAUUGCACAGAUAAGCACUGAAUCAAGAUGUGCAGAAGUAAAAAUCGGAACGAAUUUCUUGUUUUUCAAAGAAAAGAUGCGGUAUUAUUCUUUGCGGAUGCAGAAAUCGUCCGGCGCUUAUCCAUUACUUAAGUAAACUCACCGGCUCAGUUUCCGUACAAAGUAAUGGUCUGCGCUAUAGUAUUACUACAAAAGGGUCCACAACUGACAUUUGGGAUUAUUGCAAUUUUAUGCCGAUAAUAGCAUAGUACAUAUACAUCAAUUCGGUUGGUGUCCUUUCCAGAGCAUGAGUAAGGUUUCUAAUUUGAAUGUCACAUAGUUGGCCUUUAAGGUUCCUGCCAGAAGCGGUACCUAGAAAUGAGAAUUACAAUUACCUUAAAAUACAGCGGCAGUCUUAAGCUUGACAAAUGUACAUCGGAUUGUGCCAUAACGCACAAUAUAUUAUAUACUAAAUAGGCUCAUUUAGUUUCAACAUGGAUCAAUGAAAAGAUAAUUAAUCAACGACGAGCAUCGGUUGUUCAGAUCAUGACUGCUUUACCACCCUUAUGAUCAUGGGAGAAACUUAAUGCUUAACGAUCUGGUCCAGCAGCUAUCUGAAAAAUCCAUAUAACCAUCGAUGAAAAAAAAACAAAUCACCGAGAUUUUAUACAAACUAGAAUUACAUUCCUCUGUGUCAGUUGUAUUACCCACAGCUCCGACUAUCUCCUCUAUUUCGUCAACGGUAUUUGGCCUCGGCCUUGUGCGAACUGAGCUCGCCAUUAACACCAAUGAGGGAAGCAAUUAUGAAACGCACGAAUCGAACGCAGGAUGGAGCAUUUUUUCUAUUAUUAACUUCAAUAGAUACUAGGCAUCACUUUGAUAAUCGAUAAGAAAACGAUUUUUACGCUCUUGCUAUAUUGAUAAAUUUCUGUGUUAUUAUUUGUCGGGGUGCACGGACAUGGAACCCUCUAACAUUGGUAAAUCUAUUUAAGCCGACGAACACCACGGCUUCGAACUUUGCCUUCUACCGCAGAAGACCCCAAGCAGAAGAUUGGUGCCAAGGCCCAAUAUUCUGAUUGGAUAAAUGUAAAUCUUCAUGGACGGCACGCUGUCGUCGAAUUUCAUUCGAAUUACUUUCCAAAAUUAUCAAAAAUGUUACCGACGAAAAUUUUUUUCGCAGCUAGUCUUUCUGUUCAACCUAACCAAUCAACUUUCGAUCAACUUAGCCAAAAUAACGACCUAGCUAAUUACAUAUGUACAUACACAUGUCACUAAUAAAUGUCAUCGACGACAAGAAACGUUUCUAGCUGAAGAAUAGAUCUUCUUUAGGUGUAUGAGUCAAUACUUCCGCUGCCUUUAAUGCACUGACGAGGUUUAAGGACAUGUCCCCUGUGAAGAUUCAGUUGUACGGAACUACGUACAGCGGAUCUGAUUACACGUUGCUCAAUACAAUUUCACUAUGGGCGCUUCCUAAACGGCAGAUAUCUGGAGUGCAUUAGUCCAUUGUAUUCUCGUUGC